GGUAGUCCACGCCGCGGUUGAAGUCGUAGCCUCGGACUUGGGAGCUCUCGGGCGGCAGCGCCGAGCUGUGCUUCAGCACGGCGGCCAGCGCCGCUGCAGGCGCCUCGCCCUCCGGAGGACCCUCCAUGGCCCUGCGGCCGCACUCUCAGGUCACAGCCGCCCCGAGACAGGCCUCCGGCGGCCUCGAAACGUGCUAGUCGCCGGUGCGCGCUCCUGCACCACACCGCCGGAAGUGUCCACAGACUCCACAAAGCUGCCUCUUUGGUCUUCCCCUGGCCGCUGCAGUCACUUCUUCCGGGAAGCCUUCCCUGACAUCCCUCAGGAUAAGGGACGUCUUCUGGGAUCGAAGGCUGACAUCUCCCUCCAGCAAGACUGUGAGACCUUCGAAGGUGUGAUGUCCAGCAAGGUGGCCAUCGGCAGCGACAUUGGGCAGGCCCGGAGGGCCGUGGAGCAGCUGCGGAUGGAGGCGGGUAUCGACCGAGUGAAGGUGAGGGCCGGGGCGGCCUGGGCAUGUCUGGGAGAGGGGGCAGGCGGAGCCCGGGUCCAGCUGACCGGGCUGGCCCGCAGGUGUCCAACGGCUGGCGACCUGCUGCAGUUCUGCGCGGAGCAGGCCAAGAGCGACCCCUUCCUUGUGGGCAUCCCUGCGGCCACCAAUCCCUUCAAGGAGAAGAAGCCCUGUGCCAUCCUGUAACCCGCGGCCCGACCGCCCAGGAGCCCUCAAUAAAAAUGAAGUGAAUGAUCCUCA